AUGUCUAGCUCGUUGGAGGCCACACCGCUAACGUUAGCGAGGCCUAAAUCGGACCACUACCAAUCGACCCUGACGAAAAUCAUCAAUCUCACCACUUCUCGAGCAAGGGGCAGGAACAAACGCUCAUAUCUGUUGGUCGAUGGCAGCGAGUUCAUGAAUCCAGCUGAAGAGGUGGACCUGAAUGAAUGGUCCGAAAUCAUCAAGAAGGUUUUCGCAGAUGAAUUUCUGUCAUAUGCAAAACGUCGAGCAGGCCUGGCUUUGUCUCGUCUGCCUCAAUUGCGUCCUUUGGAGUUCUUUGGCACUCGGAGCAUCCGUACACAGCCUCGAGACUUUCUCGCAGCCUUGGUGUAUACCCAUGGGCAACCUUGUUCCCUUCAACAACGUGUUUCUGCACUUCCCACCGACCCCACGCCCACACUCAAGCGCGCAGCUAUAAUGCCCUCUCCCAAUACUUCGGCGGACGCCAUCGAAAACGGCCAUACCACCGAAGACAGUGUUACGCUUCGUAAAGGAGAAAGUGGAGUGUUGUUGACUCCGCGAAGAGGGGCCAAACGUGCCAAAGCCAAUGGCAUCAUUGAAGGCGAGAAUAAGGUGGUUGAUAUGGACAUGCCCGAAGCUGUCAAACUAGAGGUGAAUUUUUCUCCGUCGCAGCUGGACGAAUUCGUUGGGCGUGUCGUCCGACAAAUUCAAGAGUUCGCCGGGAAGCACAAACAGGAUGGCAUGAGUGUGCACUUCAGGACUCGUCCCAUGUUACCGUCAGAAGCUCCUGCUUCGCCUUCCGCAGACCUUCAAGCAGAGCUUGAUUCUCCUGGGCGCAGCAUCGCGGAGCUGCAGGCUCGGCAAGACUCUCUUCGAUGGCGGGUCGCUGAAGAAGAGACUGGAUUACAACAGCAACAACAGCAGCAGCAGCCUCUUCCGGAGAUCUCAUACCCUGCCCAACCGACCUACUUUCCGCCACCGACGGCUUACGGUAGUCCGUAUCCCUUCAUGCCUCAGGCUCAGAUGGCUAGGUAUGGCGAGUUCCGGGAUUACUCUCCCCAUCAGACGGAUCAGUUCCUGAAUGUUCAACCAUCGAACAUUCAGUUAUUCAAUCCUCAACCGUCGACAUCUUCUUUGCCGAGUGUUCAACCAUCGAACAGCCAAUCUUUUGAUUCUCCAUCAACGACAUCCUCUUUCCCGAACAUUAAGCAUUCCCCGGGGAGCCCGCGUCAGCGUCUGCAACCCAGUGGCCAGAAUCGAGGUCAUUUUGAUAUCUGGGAGAUAGAUCAGACGAAAGAGCCAACACCAGAGCGGUUGAGUGCCGGGUCCACCGAUAUAUUGCUUGGACAUUCUUGCCAGUCACAGCACUCAGACGGUUAUCACAUGACUUUGUGA